GCACUCGCGGUUGCGGCUGCACCCGCUCGCGCUCGUGCCCGCCCUCAUGGUCGGCGUCGUCCUCGCCCUGAGCGGCAUCUUUGGCCCGACCCUCGGCUCGAGCCGGAGCAACAUGGUCAUCGCACCACUUUCACGAGCACCAGCCCACGACUCGGACACGCACAACUACACCGUGCACGAGUCGGGCCACCUGUUCGUCUUUCCCUCGGCCCUGCACCCGUCGAGCGACUCGUCGCCGUACUCUGCGCUCGAGGCGUCGCGCCCUCAACUCGCCCACACGAUGCGCCACCCGAUCCACGACCUCAUCUCGAACGCGACGACCGAGUGGGACAAGAAGCUCAAGCGCCAGAGCAAGACGCUCGAGCAGGCGGUCCGCGAGUACAAGCGGCGGCAUCGGCGACCACCGCCCAAGGGCUUUGACGACUGGUUCCGCUUCGCGCAGGCCAACAAGGUCAUCCUCAUCGACGAGUUCGACCAGACGUUUACCGACAUCCUCCCCUUCUGGGCCCUGUCACCCAAGACGCUCGCGACGCGCCAAGCCGAGCAGCAGGUCGACCCGACGACGUUCACGAUGGUCAUCAACAAGGGCGCCGUCGAGAUUGUCGGGUCGCACGCGCAGGACGGUCGGGCCAAGGACCAGGCCGAGCUCAUGAAGCGGUGGACCAAGUGGGUCCCCGACGUCAACAUCACCAUGUCGGCGCACGACGGACCGAGCAUCAUGAUGGAGCACGACGUGCGCGAGAAGCAUGUCGAGCUGGCCAAGAAGGGCAAACUUUUGAGCGACUCGGAGGCGGCCGAGACCGGCGAGGACGCGGCCCUGUGGGGUUUCCCGCUCACGUGCCCGGCCAACUCGCGCCUGCGACGAGCGUACGACGGCCUCGAGAUCGACACGCUGCCGCGCGGCCCGUCGUUCGUCGCCGACCACCUCCAGACGAUGGACCUGUGCGCCAACCCCGAGUGGCAAUACCUGCACGGCUUCACGUCGUGGCCCGGCAUGCGCCCGCUCCUCCUGCGCCCGCUCUUCUCGUUCGCCAAGACGACGAUGCACUCGGACGUCCUCCUCACGCCGCUCGAGCAGUACUGGGACCACGAGCCGUGGGACCCCGAGUGGGACCAGAAGGCGCACGCCAAGGCCGUCUGGCGCGGCUCGACGACGGGCGUCUGGUUCGACCGCGGCACGUGGUGGCGCUCGUCGCAGCGCGUCCGCCUGUGGUUCAUGGGCAAGGACAAGACGGGCACCCGUCGAGUGCGCUUCUCGGGCGAGGGCCUCGAGACGGCGCCGGGCGUCGAGAGCCUCGUCGAGAAGCAGAUCGCCACCCAGCAGCUCAUGGACCGCUACGUCGACUUUGCUUUCACCGGGCGCGAGGGCCAGUGCGACGUCGACGACGGGUCGUGCGCCGCCGUCAAGAAGCUGUUCGACUUUCAGCGCACGUUCGGCUGGAACGAGGCCAACGACUACAAGUACCUGCUCGACCUCGACGGCAACGCGUGGUCGGGCCGGUUCCACCGCCUCCUGUCGAGCAACUCGGCCGUCAUCAAGAGCACCAUCUUCCCCGAGUGGUACGCCGGCUGGAUCCAGCCCUGGGUGCACUACAUCCCGCUCAAGGUCGACUACACGGACCUUUUCGACAUCAUGGCCUUCUUCGCCGGCGACCUCGACGGCCGCAACGCGCACGACGACCUCGCCAAGCAGAUCGCCGACAACGGCAAGGACUACGCGACGCGGUUCUGGCGCUACGAGGACAUGGAGGCCUACUUCUUCCGCCUCGCGCUCGAGUGGGCUCGUGUCAGUUCUCCCGACCGGCGCAGCAUGGACUACCAGGGCCCGGGCGCAUAGAUGCGACCGCGAGUCGGCAAGGAGGCGCACGUCGAGGGACGGGCGAGAGCGGCGCAGAGGACGAGGGGGCACUCAACGGCGAGCAUUUUUCUGUACCACCUUGCAUCUCCCCGCCAUACCCUCUCUCUUGCUCUCUCCCUCGGAGCGCGUUGCGAAUAGAGCUCAUGCGAUAC